UGUACUCGAUUUAAAAAAUCUGUGAUUUAUUUCAGAAUCUGUGAAAAUCUGUGAUCAUUUUCAGAAAUCUGUGUCAUUUUUUAAAUCUGUGCAGAAAGUUGAAAAUCUGUGAAACACAGAUUAAUCUGUGAACCUGGCAUCCCUGCUUAACAGUAUACAAUGUACAAUAAUCCUUCAGUGACUCUAGUGAGUAAUAGGUUAUUGCAAUUAAUAUCUGUAUUCUGAUUUAUAUAUCAACUACAAUAAAUAUCAGUUCUGAAACCAGAAAUCGACCCUUUUCGCACUAACUGCAAAAUGACAGCAUUCGAAGAGUUCGGUGUUAUGCCGGAGAUCGGUCAAGCGAUUGAUGAAAUGGAAUGGAUGCUACCGACCGAUGUACAGGCGGAAGCGAUCCCCUUGAUUCUGGGUGGUGGUGAUGUGCUGAUGGCCGCCGAAACGGGUAGCGGUAAGACCGGGGCUUUCUGUCUUCCCAUUCUGCAGAUUGUGUGGGAAAGACUGCGUGACAUCCGCGAUGGCAAGGCCGGCAAAGCAAUUGGACAUCGGGCAAAACCAUGGACGCUGUCCUACACGGAUCGCGGUAAUGCGUUGGCCAUCACUCCGGACGGACUGCGUUGUCAAUCACGGGAAUUCAAGGAAUGGCACGGAAGUCGCUGUACGACUGGAGUACGUGGGAAGGGUAAAUACUACUACGAAGCCACGGUAACCGACGAAGGACUCUGUCGGGUUGGUUGGUCGACGGAAAAUGCCAGUUUGGAUUUAGGAACGGAUAGGUUUGGCUUUGGAUUUGGAGGAACGGGAAAGAAGUCGAACUGCAAGCAGUUUGAUAGUUACGGAGAAGCCUUUGGAAAAAUGGAUGUCAUUGGAUGUUUGCUUGACCUGGAUAAUGGGGAAGUUAGUUUCACUAAAAAUGGUACUCCGUUAGGUUUAGCUUUUAAAAUCAAUGACGGAAACUUGCGAAAUGCUAACUUUUUCCCAGCUGUUGUUUUGAAGAACGCUGAAAUGGCUUUUAACUUUGGUGAGACCGAUUUUAAGUAUUCCAUUCCGGAUGGGUUCGUUGCAGUUUGCAAAGUAUCCCAUGACCAGUUAACAUUGAAUCCUAAUACUGGUGAUACUUCUACCUCGGAAGAUAGUCUACCGAAACCAAACGCCCCCCAAGCACUCGUAAUCGAACCAUCGCGAGAGUUAGCCGAACAAACAUUCAAUCAAAUUCAAAAGUUUAAAAAGUAUUUAAAAGAUCCCGAAGUCAGAGAAUUACUAUUGAUCGGUGGCGUUCAAAUUAAAGGUCAGUUGGAAGUUCUGCAGAAAGGUGUCGAUAUUAUAGUAGCAACACCGGGUCGCCUGGAAGAUUUAAUUAAUAACGGCUAUGUUCUACUGAGUAGCUGUCGUUUUUUCGUCUUAGAUGAAGCCGAUGGCCUGCUUAAGACAGGUUAUACGGAGCUGAUCGAGCGUCUGCAUAAGCAAAUUCCCAAGAUCAAUGCUGAUGGCUGUCGACUGCAAAUGGUAGUGUGUAGUGCUACCCUGCACUCAUUCGAAGUUAAAAAACUGGCCGAAAAAUUGAUGCACUUCCCUACUUGGGUGGAUCUGAAAGGAGAGGACGCCGUUCCCGAAACGGUCCAUCACGUCGUUUGUGCCGUGGAUCCACAGAAAGAUGUGAGCUGGCAAACAAUGCGAACGCAUGUUCAAACGGACGGUGUUCACGCGAAGGACAACGUACGCCCCGGCUCCAACACGGCGGAGACACUGUCAGAAGCGGUCAAAAUGCUUAAAGGUGAAUAUACAAUCAAAGCCAUAAACGAGCAUAACAUGGACCGAGCGAUUAUUUUCUGUCGAACUAAAUUGGAUUGCGACAAUAUGGAACGCUACCUACGCCAGGUCGGUGGUGCAAACUACUCUUGUGUUUGUUUGCACGGAGAUCGCAAACCGAAUGAGCGCAAGUCUAAUCUGGAGAAGUUCAAGAAUAAGCAAGUGAAAUUUUUGAUUUGUACCGAUGUAGCCGCUCGUGGUCUCGAUGUCACUGGUUUACCCUUCAUUAUUAACGUAACCCUGCCGGACGAGAAAAGCAACUACGUACACAGAAUUGGUCGUGUAGGUCGCGCCGAACGUAUGGGUCUAGCCAUUUCACUGGUAUCAACCGUUCCGGAGAAAGUUUGGUAUCAUGGACAGUGGUGUGCUUCGCGUGGGAAAAAUUGCUGGAAUACAAAUCUGACCGAUGUUAAAGGUUGUUGCAUGUGGUACGAUGAAAAAAUGUAUCUGGCAGAGAUCGAAGAUCAUUUAAACGUAACAAUACAACAGAUCGAUAAAAGUCUUAAGGUUCCGAUGAAUGAGUUUGAUGGAAAGGUUACAUACGGUGAAAAGCGACUGAACACUGGCUCUGGUUAUAAGGAUCACGUAGAGCAACUGACGCCAGUUGUACAGGAGCUGGCUAAAUUAGAACGGGAAGCACAGACUUUGUUCGUGAGGCGAAGUUUGACGGUCCAUCAAAGCGCAUAAGACUAUUAAUUUCCAUUGAGGAAAUCCUAUGCAGAGGAAAUCAAAGUCUACUUAAAUCAAUUCUUGAGACAUAGACGCUGAAAAUCAGGGACGAAAAAUAAUUGGUUCCCUUGAUUUUGGUUCCUGGUUUGAUACAAACCUUAGAUUAACCCUGUAUAAGAAAAUUGGACUGCAUUAAUCUACACGACAAACGGUUACUAAUAACAAACAAUAUAUGAAUGAACCACAGCUUGUAA